AUAGGUCAUAUAGCUCCCCUCCCAUUUGGUACAAUCCAUGCGUCAUUGUUUACAACAAAAUGGCACAUGCCAAGUAUUUCUUUCUCCAUAUUCAAACUGGAUGAAUGCGCUUUAAAUAACGAAAACGAAACUAACUACCGAGCUGAAAUAGUAGUUCUAUGUCGGUUUGACCUCAGGAUCACACUCACAGCAUGGCAUUUCAAAUGUCAACUCUCUCUUCGCGUAUCAGAGCCAUUGGUCCACUUUCCCGCUGUCGUAGUGGUGACUUUCAUACUAGUGAUAUCGUUGUGUGCUCCAAAUUUAGAAACAUUUUCGGUGUUGCAAAUCGUCAGGUGUAUUCGCUGGUGCGAAGUGGGCAGAGUUCGGCGAACUCCAGCCCUGCAAAGUGCAAGGCCAUUCUGAAACCAGGGGGUAUUCACAUUGCAAACCGUGUGGAGAAGUUUUCAACAACUACAUCUGCCGCGAAGUCGUUUGAGUCGUUUCAGGGGCAUAACAAGGCCUCGACCUCCGGGGGAAAGUACGGUUCGUUGUACCGGAUCGCCCUCGCCGCGCUUGGGGUGACGACCGCGGUGGUGUCCCUGCACGCAAGUGCCCAUCUCGCCAUGGCGGAGGGGUCGGAGCGGCUAAACCUCGACUCAGCCAAAGGCGACUGGAACGAGGUGAAGGAUGCCUUGCUCCAUAUGAGUCAGGAGGAGAGAAGGAAGCACUACAGGACUACCUACCUGUCCCUGGACGAGGUGCCUGUGUGGACCGCUAAGUCACUAGUGGACACAGGAGGUGUUCAUCUCUGUCUCCAAGGUGAUUCAGUCAAGGGGACCAACUUCAAGAGGAACGAAGCUCUGGACAAGAAGAUCUCCCUGUUCAGCGGUGACAUCACCAAACUGGAGAUUGAUGGGAUCGUCAAUGCAGCCAACAAGACCCUGUUGGGGGGAGGAGGAGUGGAUGGUGCGAUCCACCGUACGGCCGGUCCCCUCCUGAGGUCCGAGUGUGCUGAGCUUCGAGGGUGUGAGACGGGAGAGGCUAAGAUUACGGGGGGCUAUGGCCUGCCUGCCAAGUAUGUGAUCCACACAGUGGGGCCCAUAGCGAUGGGGGAAGUGGGGGAGGAGGAGAGGAGCCGCCUCAGGGACUGCUACCAUCACAGCCUGGAGAAGGCCACCGACACCAAGCUACGCACUGUGGCGUUCCCUUGCAUCUCCACUGGAAUCUACGGAUACCCACCUGAGCAGGCUGUGCAUGUCGCAUUGGACACUGUCAGAAAGUACCUGGAUGAACACCAUGAGAAGCUGGACAGAGUGAUCUUCUGUGUGUUCCUGCCCACUGAUAAGGAGCUCUACCUGAAAAACCUCCCUCUGUACUUCCCUCCCGCCUGCUGAUCAGAGCGCCCUGUUCGAACACAGGCUCACCUGUGAAGAGUAAACUCUGAAAGAGUGACGUGUGGUGUUGUUGCUGUGGGUUGUGCAAUAAUGCUGCUCACUACAUGCAAGAUCUUCCUCCUCUUCAUCUCUCCUCCCCCCCCCGCCUCUGCACUAGAGAAGACCGGGAUGCAUAUCUAAACGUCUUGACGCUGGAUGAAUUUCUAUAACCGAAUAAACUGCUUUAUUAUCAAUGAAAACAGGCUUUUGACCAAACUUAUCUGAAGAGCUGUAUGUACAUGUGUGUUUGAAUAAUUAAAUGUUGGGGGACUUU